AAAAAAGUAAACAUCUUGGACGUUUUAGUUUGUGCCGCGGUAUUUUCCGUGCUUUUCCGCAGUGAAAAACAUCCCCAAACCUCCCAAAACAGAAAUUACAACACCGAUCCCAAGCAAUACCGAUCCAGCAAUAUUACGCUCUACGCACGGAGAAUUAUCGGAACCGAGGAACAAGUUACACUGCACCGAGCGAUAAUUGGGUUAAACGACGUUAACAACACAUACGAAACGACUGAAGCGGCAUCGUGCAAGCAAUAAUUAAGAAAGUAUAAUCGCGCACCGCUUCGAUAAAGCAACCUAACGUGCCUUUUUUUUCGGAAGGAAGUGUGUCCGUGUCCGUGUGUGUUUUGUGUCUCUGUAUUAUCUUUUAAGAUUUUUGUUCGUUUUAUUACCAAGUGGCUUUGGUUUAAGAACCAAUUAAUAAUACCGUUCCGUGCGUCGUGCCACAACAACGCACAAGUGCCGAAGUCAAAUCGAUAUCUUCCCGGUAUAACAUCAACCUAAUCUAACCAUCCAACAACAUUAACGUAUGCGAGGAGGAUUGAUUUCAAUCGAAGCUAAUUCACUGGACAACUACUAACGUGUCGUUAAGGCGACAACCAGAUCUGUUGCAAUCGUCGAAGAAGACAUAGCCGGCAGUGGUCGAGGGGCAGGAAAAUGUCCACACUUUCGCUGCGGAUCAGCCUCGAGGGAGGCCGGGUGACAAAGACGAUCCAGUUCGACCCGAACACGACCGUGUUCGAUGCCUGCCGUAUCAUUAAGGACAAGUUCGCGGAGGCGGUGCAGGGCCAGGCGCAAGAGUUCGGCCUGUUCCUAGCGGACGAUGACACACGCCAGGGCGUUUGGUUGGAGCCUGCCCGCAACCUCGGCUACUACAUGCUGCACAAUCACGACGUGCUCGAGUACCGGCAGAAGCACCGAACGCUGCGCGUCCGAAUGUUGGACGGUGCGGUCAAGACGAUCCUGGUGGACGACUCGCAGCCGGUCUCGCAGCUGAUGGUGGUCAUUUGCACGAAGAUUGGCAUCACCAACCACGAGGAGUAUGGGCUGGUGCGGGAGGAUCCCGAGUCACAGAACGAGAACCAGCCCGACAACCGGUCCAACACGAGCACGCUGACGUUGCGCCGAAAGGCGCAGGAAAAGGAGCGUGACACGAAGAUGGAAAGCUUGCGGAAGAAGCUGCGCACAGACGACGAAAUCAACUGGGUGGACGUGGGGAAGACGCUGCGCGAGCAGGGCAUUGACGAGCAGGAGACGGUUUUGCUGCGGCGCAAGUUCUUCUACUCCGACCAGAACAUCGAUUCGCGCGACCCGGUACAGCUGAAUCUGUUGUAUGUGCAGGCGCGCGAUGCCAUUCUGGACGGAACGCAUCCCGUCACGCAGGACAAGGCGUGUGAGUUCGCGGGCAUCCAGGUUCAGAUACAGUUUGGCGACCACAAUGAAGCGAAACACAAAGCUGGCUUUUUAGACUUACGUGAAUUCCUUCCCUCGUCGUACGUACGCACGAAGAACAUUGAGCGGAAGAUCUUUGCCGAGCAUCGCAAACACAUCGGCCUGUCGGACCUGGAUGCGAAGUACCGCUACACCAAGACGGCCCGCGAGCUUCCGACGUACGGAGUGACGUUUUUCCUGGUGAAGGAAAAGAUGACCGGCAAGAACAAGCUCGUACCACGGUUGCUGGGCGUCACGAAGGACUCCGUGUUGCGGUUGGAUGAGUUGACGAAGGAAAUUCUAAAAUCCUGGCCCCUCACCACCGUGCGCCGAUGGGGUGCUUCGCCGAACACGUUCACGCUCGAUUUUGGAGACUACGCCGACUCGUACUACUCCGUACAGACGACGGAAGCGGAGCAGAUCGUGCAGCUGAUUGCCGGCUACAUCGAUAUCAUUCUCAAGAAGAAGCAAGCGAAGGACCAUUUCGGCAUCGAAGGUGACGAAGGAUCGACCAUGGUGGAGGAAAGUGUUGCACCAUCGAAAGCCACCUUCCUGCAACACGAGGAAACGAACAAGUCCGGCAAGGUGGAAACCCAUUCCAUUGCCAAGCCAGCCGUUAUGCGGGGAACUGACGGCGAACGAUCGUACGGUACUGGUGAGAUGCAAUCGAUACAGUACGGUGCCAUCGUUGGACAGGUCAAUCUGGCUCAUCAGCCGCCAAUGUUACAACAAACUCGCAUCAGUUCGGUUCUGUCGGAGCCACAGCGUGCUCUGCUCGGGUACAUUUCCGCCGGGCAGGAUGCGCUCAACCAGGCCGAGAAGGAUCUGGAAACGAAGGUCCAGCUGCCACCGCUCGGUACCGAUCCCGGAUCGUUGCAGUGGCGUGAGGAAACGCUCGACACCUCGAAGCAGACGGUCACGACGCAUCUGGCGACGAUGAAUGCGGCCACGGCGCAGGUGGUAACGGCCUCGCAGCCGGACGAGAUCGACCACGAAGCGGUCGGUGCGGCGGUAUCGCAAAUCACCCAGAGCAUCCCGGAGGUAACGAAGGAGGUGCGCCUGAUUGCGGCGCUCAUGGACGACGAUUGCACCGGCGAUAAGUUGCUCGAGGCGACCCGGAAGUUGUGCAAUGCGUUCAGCGAUCUGCUGAAGUCGGCCGAACCGGAGAGCAAGGAACCGCGCCAGAAUCUGCUGAAUGCGGCGACGCGUGUUGGUGAGGCGAGCGGUCAGGUAUUGAGCACGAUCGGGGAGGAGAGUAUCGAGAGCCGUGAGCUGCACGACAUGCUGCUGAGCUUGGCCAAGGCCGUUGCCAACACGACCGCUGCGUUGGUGCUGAAAGCGAAAUCGAUUGCGGCCGUUACGGAAGACGAGGCGACCAGAAAUAAAGUGAUUGGAGCUGCUAGCCAGUGCGCUUUGGCCACCAGUCAGUUGGUUGCGUGUGCCCGUGUCGUUGCACCGACGAUCCAGAGUCCGGCCUGUCGCGAGCAGCUCGAAGCAGCCGCUCGAGAAGUGGCCAAAGCGGUCGCCCAUCUGGCCGAAGUCUGCAACGAAGCGACGGACAAUCAACAGUUGCGUGGUGAUCUUACGGCCGCGGCCAAAGACGUCUCGAAGUCCCUCACCGAUCUGUUGGAGCACAUCAAGCUAAGUGCACGUGAGAAGGCACGACGGGUGGAGAAUGAAAACCCGGUCGACAACGUGCUGGUAGCGACGGACAUUCUCGUCUCCUCGUCGGACCCACAGGAGAUGAUCCGCCAGGCGCAGCAGCUGGGCAAAGCGACGGCGCAGCUGAUCCAGAGCAUCAAAGGCGAGGCGGAAAGCCAGAAUGAUUCCAACAUGCAGAGGAAGCUGCUCGAGGCGGCAAAGCAGCUGGCGGACGCAACGGCCCGGAUGGUCGAGGCGGCUCGAUUGUGCGCCGGCAAUCCGCACGAUUCUGGCCACCAGGAAACGCUUCGUGCGGCAGCGGAGGAAUUGCGUGUCAUUACCACGACGACGGCGAACACACCCGCGAUAAAGCGGCAGCUGAUUGGUCGGUUGGAGCAGUGCGCAAAGCAGGCAGCAUCAUCCGCCACGCAGUGCAUUACGGCCGCUCAGAACUCGCUCAUCCACAGCAAUGACGUGCAGACGAAGGAGAUUCUGCUGCAGGACUGCCAGGCGGUGGCGGAUCAAAUCCCGCGGCUUGUGGCCGGAGUAAAGAGCACCCUAUCGCGCCCGGACGAUCCGAAUGCACAGCUGGGUCUUAUCGACGCCUCAGAGAUGUUCCUCGAGCCGGGUGCACAGAUGGCUGCGUCGGCACGAGAGCUCCAACCGACGGUGAUGGAUCAGGCGGCUUCACAACAGCUUGGCCGGUGUUCCGUCAAUCUCACGCAUGCCAUUCACGAUCUUCGUCUGGCGGCACAUCGUGCCCGGGAGGCUUGCGGUGGAAACGAACUGGACGCAGCACUGGAAGCCGUGCGUAACCUUCGCAAUGUGCUGAACGACACGCGCCGUGCUGCGCAGGAAGGUAGCCUUCGGCCGCUCCCGGGUGAGACGGCCGACAGCUGCUUCAAGCAGUUGGCCGCCGCCAGCAACUCGGUGGAUGUAUCGAUGCACCAGUUGGCGACGGCUGCACAGCAGGGCAAUAGGACGUACGCCGGAGUGGCCGGUCGGGAUACUGCGCUCGCGCUCGGUGACUACACCAAGAGCGUUCGGGGCGUGCUGGUGACGACGAAGAAUCCGGCCGUGGUCGACUGUGCCGAUGAGGUGAUCGUGGAUUCGCUCCGCGUGAUCGAGGAAGCACAGCGAACGCUGCAGAAUCUGGACAACCAGGAGGCGCUGCUGAUUGCGAUCAAGCGUACGAAACAUUCGCUCGGUCGCACGAUCGAUUGCUUGCCGGGUGUGAAGGACAUCAACGAAGCGUUCGAGACGAUCAGCGAUUUGCGCAGCAUCCUUGACACGGGCGAAUAUCCACCUUCCGAUCGAGCGUACGGUCAGCUGCAAAACGAACUGAAGUCGGCUGCUGAUCAGUUGAACGUGGCUGGAGGGCAGGUGGCUCAGUCGUACGAUAGUUCCAUCAAGUUGGCCAACACGAGUCAAGAGUUCUGUCAGGCGUAUAAGGAACUGCUCACCGUGACGCUAGAGAUGGCUGGACAAACCGGUGAGGUGCGAGCUCGCGAGGAGAUUGUCAACUCACUUCGGGGUGUAUCGAAUCAAUCGAUCAGUUUGCUCGGAACGGCCCGCUACGUGGCCGGUGAUCCGGAUCGUCCGAAUGCCAAGAAUGAACUCUCUUCGGCGGCACGUAUGGUCACCGAAAGCAUCAACCGGCUGGUGGAUGUCUGCACUCAGGCAGCUCCGGGUCAGAAGGAGUGCGAUAGUGCAAUCCGUAGCAUCGAGUCGCUCCGACCGUUGCUCGAAUCGCCCCAGGAGUCACUGACCGACCAGGGAUACUUCGAUUGUCUCGAUACGGUGCUGGAAAAAUCGCGCGCCCUUGGUGACGGAAUGACAGGCAUUGCGAACAACGCAAAGAACUCGAAGCACGUCGAGUUUGGCCAUUCGGUUAACUCGGUUUCGGAAUCGAUCCGGGGAUUGAUUGAGUCGGCGGCCCAGGCUGCUUACCUCGUCGGUGUUUCGAACCCGACCAGCGUUGGUGGGCGCCCGGGAAUCGUCGAUCAAGCGCAGUAUGCCCGCGCCUCGCAAGCGAUUCGCCAGAGUUGCGACAUCCUGCGCGGUCAAUCAUCGUCGCAGCAGCAAGUUCUUUCCGCGGCGACCAUCAUUGCGAAGCACACGUCGGCCUUGUGCAACGCUUGCCGUAACGCUAGCUCAACCACCACCAACCCCGUCGCAAAGCGUCAUUUCGUACAAGCGGCCAAAGAGGUUGCCAACUCGACCGCCACGUUGGUACGCGAAAUUAAAGCGCUCGAUCAAGAUUACAGCCCCGCCUCGCGUCAACGUUGUGCGGCGGCUACCGAACCACUGCUGGAAGCCGUCUCGUCUCUGUGUCACUUUGCGUCGUCUCCGGAGUUCAUCUCGAUUCCGGCACGUAUCUCCACCGAGGGACGUAAGGCGCAGGAACCGAUCCUAUCGGCUGGUCGCGGUAUCCUGGAUGGUGCCGUCGAUAUGGUACGCACGGCGAAGGUGCUUGCCCUCACGCCAACGGACCCACCCGUUUGGCAGCAGCUGGCCAUCCACAGCCGCAACGUGUCGGAUAGCAUUAAAAUGCUCGCCACCAGCAUCCGCGAGAAGGCCCCCGGACAGAUGCAGUGCGAUCAGGUGCUGGAGGUGCUGAAGGAUUGUUCGCGCGAGCUCAACUCGGCCGCGCUGGCCGUCGGUGUUGAUGGGUUGCCGCAGCGCAAGGACAGCAACCUGCAGGGCUUCACGAACCAAUCGUUGAAUGCGGCCUCCGAACUGAUCGAUCGCCUCGAGCCGGUCAAGUCGUCGGCAAAGAAGAACGCCGAAAGUCUUGGCCACGCCGUCAAUCAAAUCGCGAAGCAUAUCGUCCCACUGACGAACGGUGUGAUCGGUGCGUGCUCGCAGCUUGUCCACUCCGGCCAGCAGACGGUGCUCAUUAACCAGGUCAAGUCGGUCGUGGAAUGCUGCGCGCAGCUCGUCCAGACGGCCAAAAGUGCGGGAGGUAAUCCACGGGCGAACCAACUCCACCCGGAGCUGGAUGAAGCGGUCGAGUCGACGCGGGAGGCCAUCCAAGAGCUGAACGCUACGGUGGAACGACUCUCGACGGAAAACGGUGUCGUGACGGGACUGAUGGAGCAAAUAUCUCGCUCGAUGUCGCGCAUCUCGGACAAGCGCCAGUCGUUCCUCGGAGCGUCACUUAACGACACCUACGUCGACUACCAGACGCGUAUGGUCCAGAGUGCGAAGGAGAUCGCUCGGUAUGCGAACGAAAUCAACGCGAAGGCCGCCAUCGACCCGUCGAAGUUGGCUCAGCUGUGCGUUGAGAUGACGCACCAUUACACGCAGCUGGCACAGGAUGCGAUCGGCGCUUCGGCCCUCACCACCACGCCGGAUGUGGCCAUACGCAUUCGCAACACGGUGCAGGACCUGGGUCGCUCGGUCAACGUACUUAUCCAGUCGACGACGGGCAUCCGGAAGGAUGACAGCAGCGGAUUGGUGGAAAUUUCGCGCGGUGCCCGCGACGUCUCGGAGAAGGUCGCCCAGGUGCUGGCCGCCCUGCAGGCCGGGUCUCGCGGCACCCAAGCGUGCAUCAACGCAUCGAGCACGGUUUCGGCGAUCAUCAGCGACCUCGACACGACGAUCAUGUUCGCCACGGCCGGAACUCUGCAAUCGAGCGACGAGGACGGCAAGUUCUCCGAUCACCGUGAGCACAUCCUCAAAACGGCCAAGGCACUCGUCGAGGACACCAAGAUUCUCGUGGCCGGAGCUGCCGGUACACAGGACCAACUGGCUGCCGCAGCCCAGAACGCAGUAACAACCAUUCUGCAACUAGCCGACGCCGUCAAGCAUGGUGCCGCCUCGCUCGGUUCCGGACAGCCCGACUCGCAAGUGAUGGUGAUAAACGCGGUCAAAGACGUUGCCGCUGCACUCGGUGAGCUAAUAAACGCUACUAAACUCGCCUCCGGCAAGCCCAUUAACGAUCCAGCUAUGAAUGAUUUGAAAGAUAGCGCUAAGGUUAUGGUGAUGAAUGUCACCUCGCUGCUUAAGACGGUGAAGGCCGUCGAAGACGAACACACGCGCGGCACACGCGCCAUGGAAGCCACGGUGGACGCCAUUUCGCAGGAGCUCCGCUCGAUGCAGUUCGCCCCGGAGAUGAUGCGCUCGAGCAUGCAGCAGUUGUCGCGCCCGGAAGACCUGAUCAACGUCACCAAGCACGUGACGGCGGCCACGGCCAAGGCGGUGUCGGCCGGUGCCUCCAAUCUGCAGGCGGACAUCGCCGCCGCCGCCAACCUCGGUCGCAAAACGAUCUCGGACAUGCUGAUCGUGUGCAAGUCGGUCGCUUGGUCGUGCGCGGAUACGGCGGAACUGCGCCAGCGCACGCUCGACGCCGGCUCGGCCGUGGCCAUCGCGUACCGUGAUCUGCUCGAGGGCAUCCUGAAUCACUGUACGGCCGACGAGCGGAUGCAGCUUUCGCGACGCGUUGCCAUGUGCGUGACGGAUCUGGUCGGAAUGGCGCAGCUGCUCAAGGGUUCGGACUGGGUCGAUCCGGACGAUCCGACGGUGAUUGCGGAGAACGAACUGCUGGGUGCGGCUGCAUCGAUCGAAGCGGCCGCCAAGAAGCUGGCCAACCUGCGCCCACGACGACAGGAGGUGAAGGAGGCGGAUGAAAAUCUAAACUUUGAUGAAAUGAUUCUGGAGGCGGCCAAGAGCAUUAUGGCGGCAUCGUCGUCGCUGGUCCGCGCUGCCAAUGCGGCCCAGCGUGAGCUGAUCGACCAAGGCAAGGUGGCCAAGCGCCCGCUGACAUCGUCGGACGAUGGCCAGUGGUCGGAGGGACUUAUAUCGGCUGCCCGGUUGGUUGCUGCGGCCACCCACAGUCUCGUCGAGGCGGCCCAGAACCUCGUCCAGGGAGUUGGCACGGAGGAGAUGCUCAUUUCCUCGGCCAAACAGGUGGCCAGCUCGACCGCCCAGCUGUUGAUUGCGUGCAAGGUGAAGUCGGAUCCCAACUCGGAGACGGGACGGCGACUGCAGGCGGCCGGUAAUGCGGUGAUCAAGUCGACUGACAAGCUGGUUCAAGCCGCCCAGCAAGCGAUCGAGGGAGAGGAGGAGCAUACGCUGCGCUUGAACCGGAACAUGGUGGACGGCAUGGCGCAAGAAAUCAAUGCCCGCUCGGAGAUCCUAAUGCGCGAACGACAGCUGGAGGAAGCGAAGAACAAACUGAUCGCCAUCCGGCACGCGAAGUACCGGCAGAAGCUGGGAGGUGGCUUCACAACCGACGAGAGUGACGAGGGUGGCAUUGCACCGCCACCGUUCGCUGGCUACGGCCAGUCCACUUCACCGAAGCCACCGCAAACACUACCGAAACCGGGAACGUACUCCUCCCCGGCCGGUGGUAUUGGUGGGUCUCCCGGUGGUGCGAGCACCAUGCCUCGUCUUCACGGAACCGUUUCACCGGGAAGUCCCAGCCUGCAGCGAGCUCAGGGAAGUCAGCUGCUCACAGCCAACGCCGUCCCGAAACCGUACCAAUCGGACGCGCUAAAGUCCCCUUCGGCGCUGGUUUCACCCUCGAUGCUGAACCGUGCGUACGACACGACACGCGUCGAAAACGCUAACCUCAGUGCAUCCAAGUUCAACCGGACGCAAUUCGAUGCCGCCAUACAAGACCUCCAGAACAAGGUGCAACCGAUGAGUACGUUCCGCUCGUCCCCAACGCAGCAGCAUCCGCACACCAAUGGUGGUAGCGCCCCGCAAACGUACGAAGGAUUCACCACAAGAUACGAAACCCGUGUCUUCCAGAAUGCCAACAGUACUACUAAUCCCAACCCGCUAACCACCGUGGAGCAGAAGUUUGCCAAGCUUAACCUAGAUCAGCACGAUCUACGACAAGAGCAGCAACAGCAGCAGCAGCAACAGCAACAGUAUCAGCAACAGCCAAGGUUUGCCGGCACGCCACCGCACAACAAUAACAACGUUGGCACGCCAACAUCCGCAAGUUCGAAUAGUAGCUUUAAUCCUGCUACCGCCGCCACUACUAGUGCCUCCUUUAACGCCGCUAGCACUCAACCGUACCAUCAUCAGCAUCAGCAGCAACAUCAGCAGCAACAUCAGCAGCAUCAGCAGCAACACUUCCUUCGCACCACCACCUCAACCACCAACCCGGGGGGUUCACCUUCCGUACAUCCGAUUAAAAAUGGAAACGUUAGUCUCUUUGACAGUGGCGCACCGACCGAUGCCACCAUGCUCAACCGGACAAUGAUGGAGCAACGUGCGUCAUCGUCAACCGUCAGCAGCCAACAACAGCAGCACCAGCAGCAGCAAAUCGUCCAGACCAAAAAGAUCCAGAUGAUGACCACCUCCUCCUCUCAUCACCAUUCGACGUCCUCCUCCACGACCAUGAAAUCGUCCGGCGGUGGUGGCGGUACGGAAUGGAAGUAAACAUCGACAAUGGUCUCCCACGUGGCUUCCUUGCCCUCCCCCCCAUGUCUAAAUUCGUGCGUGUGUAAAGUUGUGUUUUUGCACUAAUUAUUGUAAUUCGAACCGGUUUAUUCGAGCGGUUUUAUUUGUGUGUAAUUUUUUCGUACCAAUUCCGCCGCCCGAUUCUUGUUGACCCCUUGUUGUAGUCCGUAAGUGUGUACGAUAGUGUGUAGUUAUGGUAGCGUGUAACUAAAUUUUACUAAACAAAGCGAAUUAUUAAACUUAAGCCUUUUCGUUUUCGGGUACCAUUUGCUGCCCGGUUCCUCCUUUUUUCCCCCCCUCCGAUGUAAACAUGUAACCAACACGAAAUGUGCCACACUUUUCUAACACAACCUUUUAAUUCGUUUGAGGAAGGAAAAUUUGUAUCUAACGAGAGAAAAAGUAAAAACACCUCCUAAUUCUAAGUCAACAAACCGUGUGUGUGGUUUUUAUGUAUUUUUUUGUGUUUGUGGCACACUGUUGUUCGAACACGAUAAACGAAACACGAGCGAAACUCACGAAUGUGCCUCGAGGGAUUUUUUAAUCACAAUUUGCCUUCACGAAACGUGACGCGACGGAUAUAAUACACGAGAAGUGCGCCUUAGCCAGUAUUUUUGCAGAUUUAAAGAGAUUUAUUGUAACGCUGCUUCCUUUUUCGGGUAAAAACAAAAGUAAUUGUAGCUAAAAAGAUGCCAACGUUUGCCAAACAAGGAAAUCUACAUGCCUUACCUUAAAACCAAGCGCACAAGAAGUGUAAAUUGUGUGCAAUGAAACGAAACGCACAACGGAGAACGAGUAGUAAAUUAAAACGCCGCCACGUGCCAUUGGUUUAGAGCCAGUCCCCAGAUUUAGAGCUUCCAAGCGUCUUGUGUAAGGGUAACAAGGUAGAAAAUCGAACACUUAGUCAACUAAUCAAACGAACGCUACGGGGGAGUUGGCGGAGUUAGGGAAGAUUCCGCACAUAUUUUUUUUUCAACUUAAAAGGACACAUGGUUAUACUAAAAAACGGAUCGGAAUAGGAAUAGAUUUUAACGAGGGUGUCGGGGGGGAGCGUCAACGAUUUCGACGCUCUCGGCGACGGCCCAGUUUUGUUUCUACUUCUCGAGCGCCAUCCACUUUUUGUUUGAAGCGUGCCCGCAUCCAAGCAAAUAACAGUCGAGCAGGAAUACUUAAUAACGUGCUUUAGUCAUUAGUAGCAAACAAAAAAAUGGCAUAUUUUCGAUAGCGUGUUUUCAUAACACCGUAUUUUUGAUUUUUAAUUUCAAACCUUAUUCCGUAACUGGUAGUGUUUCUAACGAAAAUGAUUAUUUUAAAAAAUGAUAAAAUCAAACCAGAUUUAGUAGCGA